AUGUUUGCUAAGAAGUUCCACCAUUAUCUGACCGGCAAACAGUUUAAAAUGGACACUGAUCAUCAGGCGUUGCGCUGGAUGGAGAACUUUCAGGACCCAACUGUCCAACUUGCCCACUCGCAGUCAGGUCUCUCAGAGGACUCGUACAUGGUUGCCCAUAGCGCAGGCAAGAAGCGCCGAAUGCAGAUGCCUUGCCUCAUCAGGCACAAAGGCCAUCGCCGCUAG